UUGUGGGGCCAGACGAUGACCAUCCAUCCAAUACUCUCCAAGUCGUUUGCUAUAUGUGGCAAGAUCACUCACUCAUCACAGCUAUUAUUAUUUUUCUUCUGCGGAAAUAUGAACAUGUUUGUGCUACUUCUUCUUCUCUUCCUGAACAAGGCAGUUUCUCAAGGUGAAAGAGGAGAGUUCGGCUUCAAUGGUUACUUGUACGACAGCUCUGGAACUGCCAAUCUUGACUCCAACGGCUUAAUGACGCUUACAAACUACACAGUACAAAAAACUGGUCACGUCUUCUACAACUUCCCUGUUCGGUUCAAGGACUCACCUAACGGUACCGUUUCGUCCUUCUCCACUACUUUUGUUUUCGCUAUAGUUUCGAAGAAUUCAACACGCGGCGGCCAUGGAAUCGCUUUUGCCAUUUCUCCUACCAAAGGCUUGCCAUAUAGCGAUGCCACACAGUAUCUAGGGCUCUUUAAUGUUACAACCCAAGGAAGAUCCUCAAAUCAUGUUGUAGCAGUUGAGUUUGAUACAAUCCAGAGCGCUGAGUUCGAUGACAUGGAUGAUAACCAUGUUGGUAUCGACAUCAAUAGUUUAUUUUCAGAGAAAGCAGCUUCAGCUGGUUAUUACAAAGAAGAUGGUACUUUCAAAAACAUCUCUCUUAAAAGUAGUAAACCGAUACAAGCCUGGGUUGAAUAUGACUCAUCAAGGAAACAACUCAAUAUCACUCUUCAUCCUCUUCAUGUCGCUAAGCCAAAGACUCCAUUGCUUUCUUUAACCAAAGAUCUAUCACCAUAUCUCCUGGAGUCGAUGUACGUUGGCUUCACUUCAUCCACAGGCUCCCUUCUUUCAUCUCAUUAUAUUCUUGGUUGGACCUUCAAGCUCAAUGGGAAAGCUUCAGACAUAGACCCAUCUCGUCUUCCUAAACUUCCCAGUGAAAAUGACUCUAGUACUAGUAGUCUAAAAAGGAUCUUGGCUAUCAGUUUGAGUAUGACCGGCCUUGCAGUCCUCAUCUUCUUGACCAUAAGUUUCAUGCUUCUCAUGAAAAGAAAGAAGUUAAUGGAAGUUCUUGAAGACUGGGAGGUUCAGUUUGGUCCACAUAGAUUCGCUUACAAGGAUCUCUACAUUGCCACAAAGGGUUUCAAGAACAGCGAGCUUCUUGGUAAAGGAGGGUUUGGAAAAGUCUACAAAGGUACACUAUUGUCAUCUAACCUAGACAUCGCCGUGAAGAAAGUUUCUCAUGAUUCAAGACAAGGAAUGAGAGAGUUUAUCGCCGAGAUCGCCACCAUUGGCCGUCUCAGACAUCCUAACUUAGUUCGGCUUCUUGGCUACUGCAGACGCAAGGGGGAACUCUAUUUGGUCUACGAUUGUAUGCCCAAAGGCAGCCUUGAUAAGUUUCUCUACCACCAACCGGAACAGAAUCUUGACUGGUCUCAAAGAUUCAAGAUCAUCAAAGAUGUAGCUUCUGGUCUCUUCUAUCUACACCAACAAUGGGUUCAAGUCAUCAUUCACAGGGACAUUAAGCCAGCAAACAUCCUUCUCGAUGAAUCUAUGAACGCAAAGCUUGGUGAUUUUGGUCUCGCCAAGCUUUGUGAACACGGUAUCGAUCCGCAAACCUCUAACGUGGCUGGCACGUUUGGGUAUAUCUCACCGGAGCUCUCGAGAACAGGGAAGGCUAGCACAAGCUCUGAUGUAUUCGCCUUUGGGGUAUUCAUGUUGGAGAUUACUUGCGGGAGAAGACCCGUCUUGCCACGAGCGUCUUCGGCGAGCGAGAUGGUUCUUACUGAUUGGGUGCUAGAUUGUUGGGAAGAUGACAUAUUGCAAGUGGUUGAUGAGAGGGUGAAGCGUGAUGAUAAGUACCUUGAGGAGCAAGUAACAAUGGUUCUCAAGCUGGGCUUGCUCUGUUCGCAUCCUGUUGCAGCCAUGAGACCGAGCAUGUCCAGCGUCAUCCAGUUCUUGGACGGUGUGGCUCAGCUACCUCAUAACUUGCUUGAUGUUGUGAAAGCUCGAGAAAACGUUGGAGCCGCUGAAGCAACCCAGUCUCUUGCGCAGCCUAGUUCCAUCGCUACGGUUACAUUUACGGAGUCAUUUGUAUCACACGGACGCUGAAAGAUCAAACACACAGGAUCAUCUUCUUUCUUCUCGUCUAAUAAAGUAAAUCUCUAUAUGUCAAAAGAAACUGCUGCAUCUAAAGUUCUAAAUAAUGUGUGUUGCAAGACUAGUAUGUGAUAGCUAUUUCAUCUUGGUUUCAUUUGGUGAAGUUUAAAACGAGAUUACGAAGUAGGACAUGUAAAUGAAAAAUGAGGAAUUGUUAUUUCGAAGGAUAUGAGAUGGCAACAGUUUAUACGACCAGACGCAGAAGCAAAUGUAUAUGAUGAUGGUUUUACAUGUAAAGGCCUUCUUUCUUCUUAAACAUAACCUUCUCCUUUGCUUUCUUGAAAUCCGGAUGCGUUACCUGAACACACCACAAUCAAACAAUAUGUCUAGUUAUAAUCUAACAUAGGAUUCUAAAACUCAUUCUGAUGAUGAUACAUGCAAAGCCGAGCUUGAUUUAUUUUGGCCUUUGUUUGGCCCAUUGUUUUAAGAAAACUGUGAAAAUAUUAAAAAUUUAGUUUUGUAGAUUGAAACCAGCUCUGUGUGUGAUCGAUCUCAAUUACAUCAUUACCAGUUUGGCCCCAAAGAAAUAUCUAUUUGUUGCCGGCCUUAAAGUACAUACUUCAUCAGCUACUACUAUUCAGGACCAGCUAUAUAAAAGAUAUCGCUUGACAUAUAUCAAUUUUUGAUAUAUAAUAUUGAUCUGGUUUGGAUAGAUCGAUUGAAUUACUUUUUAAACAAGAUCAAUAUUUGGUCAACUGAUUUUGGAUUUGAUCUAGCCAACAUACAGCUGUCUAUAGAACUAUUCUCUGUAGAUAUAUAUAUUUUUAAAGAUAUCGCGUAUAUGUGGGAGAUUAUAAUAUAUCAAAAUCAUAUAAUACACUGGCUAUAAAUUAAAGGGAAAUUAGGCUGUAUGACAAGGAAAAAACACAUAAUUCACUGCAUAACCAUUUUCCCUAACGUUUCUAUAUACGGCGUUAACUUUAUAAAUUAAUACUAUACUGCCCCUUCCUGAAACCGGCAAAACCUGAAACAAAAAAAAAAUUAAUAUUCUUAAUUAUUAUAUCCAAAAAGUAAAUCGUGGCCUUACUAACUUCACAUAUUUCCUUUUUACUUCUUUGGUAUCUUCGUAGUCUUGAAUUAUCUCUGGUACAGUUUUGCUUCACAUCGUCAUCUCCACUAGAUUUGUUUUGAAUUGUUCACUUCUUCUUCAUUCUUUGUAAACGCGUCAUCUUCUCUUCGUCGGAGAUCGUCGACCACACGACGGCGUUAAAGUUUCAGCGGCGAGUAGUACCAAACCGUUCCUAUUCUACUUCACACCGUAGAUUCUUGUCAGAUCUCUGGAACUACCGUAAGUUCUCUGGUGUUUAUAUGUUGUUAUUCAUAUACUGUUAUUUUCUUUUCUAUUUGGGCUAUUUCAGAAUUAGGGUACUAUAAUUGGUAAAUCUACAACCUCUUUACCAUUGCAUCUCAGAUCUGAUUUUCCGCUUCGAAGUUCGCCAAUUGAUUUAGGAUUUGGGUUUCUCCGGUUGUUCUAAUGCCUAUUUUAUCACCGUCUGGAAAUGACAUGAUCUCUGUUAGGUAUAUUCUAUCUGAUUUGGAAUAGAAUAAAAUAUAGACGUUAUAUUCCAUUUGACUUGGAAUGAAAUAAAUUCGAACGUUUAAUAUCACUUUCUUUAGUUUAUGAAUUCAUACUUGUUUUAAUAUUUACGUAUUUUUAUACUUGUAUUAGGGUUUAUAUUUCCGUGUAGGGUUUAGUGAUGAUUGGAGAGGGGUUAGUUUCUAGAAUAUUGAAUUCGUCACUGCAAGAUUGGGGUUGACAUUGGAUUAAGUGUCAUAUUUCCGUGUAGGGAUUCGCGAUUAGUUGAUAGGGUUUUCGUAUAUAUUCCCAUGUGUGGUUUAAGAUCGUGAGCUAUGCAUAUCGCUAUGUCUUACAUGGUUUUCAUUCCACAUUAUUGUUAUACUUUACAAUUUAUUUUACAUUUACUUUGUUAUAUGGAUCCUAACAUUUUUAUCUUUUCCUUUUGUUUCUCAGGUUACAAAUGAAAGAUUUAGGCUGUCAAAUAGAUUGUUUGAAACUGGAUUUGGGCCAUAUGGUGAAUAUAUUCUCAUUUAUAUAUAAUUAUGCAAUGUGUAUAUAAGCGGAAUAGAUCAUGUGUACAUAAAAUGGAAAGACCAUUCAUGUUAAAUGAAUUAUAUAAUCUUUACUAUUUGUUGUAUUCUAUUUUAUUUGCAGAACAUAGAAUAUAAAUAUGAUUGUACAGUGCAUAAGCAUAAAUUAUGUUUUGUAGUUGUAUCGUUGCUAUCAAAACUAAGAAUUUAAAACUCAAUUUUAUCAUUUUGUUAACCAGAUCCACAUAAGUGUAAACUUCACACAAAUUUCGUUAACCACAGCUACAUUUGGUCCAUAAUCUUAUAGUACUUCAGCCAUAUGGAAUAGAACAUUCAGUGCAUAUAUAUAUAGUCAAUAGUAUAUACUAUUUCAAAUUUUAAUUUUAUU